GACUUUAUCAUCUGAGACCGUAAUACAUACCACGGAUUAGAAAAAUGUAAUCAAAGAAUGAUAACAGAUACAAAUACUACGUAUGAUAAAAACAAACGAAUAUUGCCAAGAAUUAAAUAUAAUCAUUUCUUUUUAAAUUUUUAUGAUCAAAUUUUCACCAUCCAGCUCUCUAUUUAUUAUCUUAUAUUUGAAAAUAACAAGUCAUAAGUAAUGGAUGUAUCAUCAAAGCCAACAACUUCACAACAAAAUGAAUCUGAAAACCAAUUACCAGAAGUAAGAAUUCGUCAGAACCCUCAAAUUCAUCUUAUUGCUGAGGCAGAACUAGUAGAAAGACGACCUCCUCCCAAUUGGAGAACCAAUAUUAAAAUGGAUGAAAAACUUACUAUUUGUCGAAAGUAUUAUAUUGCAGGAUUUUUUUUAUUGCCCUUAUUUUGGUUAGUAAAUUUUGUCUGGUAUUAUAACGAUGCUUAUAAAGUUGAACCAUUUGAUGAACAACCUCAAUUUAAACGCUAUGUUAUAAGAUCAGGUAUUGGUUUCAUAUUUUGGACAGUUCUAUUAGUUAGUUGGGUAUUUUACUUUCAAACUCAAAGAUUCUACCAUGACUGGGAUUACCUUACUUUUAACUUUCCUACUGGUUCAGCUUAAGUAUAUGUUUUCUUAAGUAUUUCUAUUAUAUAAUUUCAUUUUGUACAAAUAAUGACUAAUAAAUUAUAAUGUAAAAAAAAAAA